AUCCAACACCACGCCUCAACCUACACCCUACGCCUCUCCUCUAUUUGCAGUAAACUAGGCUACGCUGCCUUUGCGAUAAUGUCUCUUCCGGGGACAACCCGAGCGUUCGCUCGCUCGUCGACCUCCACUUUCGCGAAAUUCGCCUCUCCGUCAUUAGCUGCGCGCCGAUGCCCUCAAUGCUUCCGCACAUUCUCCGUCGCCGCGCCGUACCGGACAUCUUCGAAGCGACAGUUGCAAACCGCUAGUGUAUAUCACCCGUCGAGUUUACAGCCCGAGCUCCCACCCCGCAACUUCGGCGUCCCAGAUACCUCGAUAGCUGGGGGAAAGCCAGAACUUCACAAGUCGUUGCCGCCCCGGACAGCGGCACAAGAGCAGCGGAACACAGCUGCUACACAGGAGCAGCCUACCUUGAGCAUACCUGAUGGGGAAGCGCAGAAAAGCCAACCCGCGCCAAGCAAGCCGCUCAGAGCUCGAAAGUACAAUUUCGGCAAGCGCAAGGCCGUCAUGAAGCUCUCUGCUUCAGCAGUCUCGCAUCUCAGAGAGCUACUCGAGCAACCAGAACCGAAACUUAUACGCAUUGGCACCAGGGCAAAGGGCUGCUCCGGUCUAGCAUACCAUCUGGAAUACGUGGACAAGCCUUCGCCGCUUGACGAACAAGUGGAGCAAGAUGGUGUCAGAGUUUUGAUUGAUAACAAAGCAUUGUUGAAUAUCAUUGGGAGUGAAAUGGACUGGCUUGAGGACAAGCUUAACCAGCGCUUCGUGUUCAAGAACCCAAAUAUCACUGAACAAUGCGGAUGCGGCGAGUCAUUCAGCGUGGGAUAGACAUCCACUUCAUACCACGAGUUGUUGCAUACAUCAUUGUAGAAUUAUUUCGUCUUCGGCAUUACUAGGCACCGCAUAGCAUACCCGGCGUUACAACUGGCAUAUCGGACAUAGAAUUGGUCGAAGAACUCUUCUCAAAACUUUCCAGGCUCGAAGUCCACCACCUUCACACCUGCUAGAUGUGGCCCGGCAAAACUCUUGAAGUCGGUGUGCGCUGGAUCCUGGUCGACGUAGUAGUCUCUGUCCUCGGCGCUCUCGAACUCGACCACGAAACCAUGUGUAUAAGGGUC